UCCCUAGUCGGCACGUGCUGCUCGAAGGCAGCGUGACGAGGAUAGGAUCUCCCUGGAGAUGUUAUAAUUCGUCGUCGACAGAAGGCUCCGCAAUCGGUUAUGCCGUCCUCGCCCUCCACGGUACUCUUGGCGGGAGACGCGGCGUAUAGUUAAUGCGGCGAUACACCCUCUGGACUUAUUUUGGAGCAACGUCGUCGCGCGCACUCGUUGACGUUUUAACGCAUUCUUUAUUAUUCUACGCGAUGGCAUCAGCUGAUCCGAAUCUGUCGUUCGACCGCGUGUCCGCGUUCGCCCCGGCGCUUUUAAUUCUCGUUAUGUGUCUCACAAUCUUCCACAGGCUAAAAGUAAGAUGGCCUGUGAUGGUGAACUGUUGGUUCUGCAACGAGAGCUCAAAGGUCUGGCGGCAGCAUUUAAACUGGUUGUUGUGUCCUUGGUGCGAGCAAUACAAUGGCUUCUCCAAGAAUGGUGAUUACACAUAUGACAUCCCGGAACAGUAUGCAGCCUCUAAAGUGUCUCCGAGAUACUGCAGAUUGGAGCAGAGGGAUUCGCGCAAUGCCAUCUCCAAGGGUCAUCUUUGUGCGGAUUGCAACAAGCGAGAAAGUCUGAAAUUGUUGGAACUAUCCAACUUCGAGCCGAAGAGCGAGAGACGUUACAACGCUGAGCUGAAAAACUUCAAGGACUACUUGGAGAAGAGAUAUUCGCUGUGCGAAAAUUGCAAACUGACGGUGCAGAACGUAUUGAGCAAGCAGGCACUGUGGCUCACUCGCUACAAGAUGUCAUUCUUCAGGCAGAGACCGAUCAGGCUGCUCAUUAGCAAUGCCAGAAGAUCCGAAGCAGUUUUUCGAGUCAUCUCGAAGCUCCUGAUUCUGGCUAUCGGAUGCAACCAGGACUUGGUAUGGUUGCCAAUCGCCGGAUUGUUCUUUCACCUAUGCGCUUGCUGGACGAGUUUGAGGAAGAGGAAGAGAACCGACGUAUUGUUGAUGCUUCUAUGGCUCUUUACGAUCAUUUUGGUGUCUGUCAAGGAUUUUACUUUGCAAAAUGUCUGGUUUACUGCAGAGCACAUCGUACAAUACCGCAUGAUAACGAUGUGCGCGGUUAUUAUGGGUUUCCUCAGCAUGAAACCUACUUCGUAUAAAAAUACAAUCAACUCUGUUGCGUUUAAGAAGAUCAAGCCGCGUUCGCAGCCUGUUGCGACACCUCUGUUACGGAAUGACAGUGAAAGCAAAAAUAACAUUUCCAAUGGGAUCCUCAACGUUGAACCGUCAUCAAUUUUUGCAACAGGCGAAGUACCUUUCACCGAAGUCAAAUCACAUUCAGCAAUGUUGAGACAGAAAUUAUCUACGAUCACCAGAGAUAAUGACAAUCAUCUCAACUUCGUCUCUCAGAACAACUCACCGGACGGCUGUGGGUUGAACCACAGUCUGAGCACCCUCUUCCUAAACGAGGAUUCGCCAAGAUACGGCAAAAGCACCGCGAGAGUGGCGCCGGCGAUCUUCGAGCGGAAAGUAUACAGCGCGACGAACUCCGAGAACUUGUUCAGAAGGUCCAGCUCCACCAGGAGGUACGUGCUGUCGCCGCCGAAGCUCAGGUCGGUGACGCAGACCUCGUGGGUGGCCGGUGGCUACUGGCAGGAGGGUCACGCGAUGACCUCGACUCCGCCGACUCUCUCGCGAUCGUCCAGCCAGAGCUCCGGCUUCGGCUCGGCCGGCUCCUCGAACUUCGCACCUUCCCGUGAGCCAUCGGUGCACGAGCUCGACCGCUGCUCGGUCGUGUCGGACGCCACGCGGUGGUCCUAUCACGCGCCACGUGGGAAUCACGCGUCGUCGCCAUCGCGAAUGACAGGAGAGGAGCAGGAGAUGAACCCCGGCAGUCGGAGCGAGUUGACGCCGACCUUUCAAGGUCAUCACACCACGACGACCAUCGUCGCGAGCUCCGGCUGGCUCUCCGCGCUCCUCUGCGGCUCCCUAAUUUUGAACAUGAUAGUGCUAUGCGCUACCUUAUUGCGUUAAUGAGUCGCAGGGGACGAUCGGCCGGGUUGUUGUGUGUUCACCGUAAUUUUACGAUUGCUGUAGCUAUUAAUGUGAUCGCUAAACUGAUUGAUCCUCGAAUACUCGCUGACGUCUUCUUUUUCAUUUUUUCUUGUUUCCAGCCUUCUCUUACGAUUUGCACCGUCCCAAGUAGCAAACUGACGUCAUUUUACUCAAUCUGAUUUGAGAGACGUUUUUCAUGCCUCUUCGUUUCGAGCCUUCUUCUUUUCGCGGUUUCCCAAGUAGAACAGAAAAUCAAAAUAAUAUCAUUUUGACAUCAUUGAUCAA